AUGGAAAUGUUCACAGCAGCUGGCAGAAUAAGAAAUAAUGUGCUUCAAACAGCAGAACCAACUACAACAUGCCAACCACAAACAACAGCACAGCAACAAACACCAACUGCAGUGGCACAAGUACCAAAAUGUACAGCAAAAGCCGAACAAUGCACAGCCAAUUCACAACCUAGAGCUUUUUCAGGAGAGCCAUCACCAGUGGCAGUGAAACCAGGAUCAACUAAAGCACAACAUUAUCAUCAGAAGCAGCAGCAACAACAAAAGAAACAUCGUCACGCCAACCAACAGCAGAACCACAACCACCAUCAGUGGCAGCAACAGAACCACUGUCAACAUUGGCAACAGCAUUUGCAUCACCAGAAUAAGUAUCAUCAGGAACACAGACGACAAGAGAAGAAGCAACAGCGACACUAA